AUGUUACGGGUGACCUUUGCAGGACCGGAACUGGAAGGCUUUCCGAUCGGUCACGAAGGUGCCAAUUGCAAGCUCGUGCUGCCGCGUGACGGUGAAGGCAGGGACGAAUUCGAGGCAUAUUUCGCUCCCGAUGGACCGUCGGAGAAGGUCCUCCCGGUUAGAACCUACACGGUGCGCGCCUUCCGGCAGGACGAUCUGGAACUUGAUAUCGACUUCGUCGCGCAUGGGGAUGAAGGGCCGGCGACGCGCUGGGCGCAGGAAGCGCAGCAAGGCUCUUAUCUUGGCUUUUUCGGUCCCAGCCAACCCAAGAUCACCGAAUUCUAUGCGGAUUGGUACCUGAUUGCCGCUGACCUGUCGGCCAUGCCUGUUGCCGAAGCGACAUUGGAGGCCAUGCCGCCGGAUGCCAGGGGUGUGGCAGUGUUUGAGGUGCCUUCCGAAAGCGAUGUCCGGGAGAUUGCGGUUCCGAAAGGGAUCGAGAUCACCUGGCUGGUCCAGGAGGAUGUGCAUGCCCCUUCAACGGCACAAGUUGAUUUCGUGAGUUCGCUUCAGUGGCGGGCGGGGGUCGUGCAGACCUGUAUCGCGGGCGAAAGUUCCGUGAUCCGUGCGCUGCGUUCCCACCUGCACAAGGAACGCGGAAUUCCCAGGAAGGACACCUAUAUCUCCGGUUACUGGAAAAUCGGCCUGGUCGAGGACGAGCAUCAGCAGGCGAAGCGGGCAGAGGCUGCCUGA